AUGACCAUCGGACACUUUCAGAACAGCGCCAGCCAUGCCGUGAAUGACGUGGGAGAGCGGACUAGCCAAACUCCAAAGCGCGAGAUCAAUGGUUCUAAGCAUGAUGCAGAGCACACCAUGGCCGAGCCCAUCGCUGUCGUUGGGUUGUCCCUCAAGUUUCCCCAAGAAGCUACAUCGGCCGAUUCUUUCUGGGAGAUGCUCUACGAAGGGCGAUGCGCAAUGACCGAGUUUCCGCAGGACAGGUUCAACAUAGAGGCGUUCUAUGAUUGUGACAGCCCAGGUCCUGGCACGCUUCCUCUCCGAGGUGGCCACUUUUUAAAGGAGGACCUAGGCGCAUUCGAUGCCACCUUCUUCUCCGUCACACCUGCCGAAGCCGCCGCCAUGGAUCCUCAGCAGCGAAUAAUGUUGGAGACGUCUUAUCGGGCCUUGGAGAAUGCGGGUCUCACGAUCGAUAAGUGCUCGGGCAGUAAAACAUCUGUUUACACUGCAACUUUCACGGAUGACUACAAAAGCAUUUUGUUGCAGGAUCCCGAGCAACUUCCCCAGUAUGCAGCGACGGGCUUGUCAGGAUCGAUGUUGGCAAACCGCAUUAGCUGGUUUUUCGAUUUCCGCGGCCCAAGUAUGAAUCUGGACUCCGCUUGUUCUAGCAGCUUAAGCGCUCUGCAUAUUGCCUGUCAGGAUCUACAGAAUGGUACCUCUCGCAUGGCUCUUGUUGGCGGUUGCAAUCUCAUCUUUCACCCCAACUUCAUGCUUAUAAUGUCGAAUAUGAGUUUUUUAUCUCCCGAUAGCCGAUGUUGGAGUUUCGAUCACAGAGCCAAUGGUUAUGCCAGGGGCGAUGGGUUCGGCGUUGUGAUACUGAAGAAGCUAUCGGACGCGCUGAAAGAUGGAGACACUAUAAGAGCUGUCAUACGAGCUACUGGCUUAAAUCAGGAUGGCAGAACAACGGGUGGAAUUACACAGCCUAGCGGAGCGGCUCAACAGUCAUUGAUCCAAGAUACUUUUACAAAAGCGAAACUUGAAAUGGGUCCAGUCAGAUUCUUCGAGGCACAUGGAACCGGGACGGCAAUUGGUGACCCGACCGAAGCCAAGGCGAUUGGAAAUUCUUUUCGAUCAUUUCGUUCUGAGGAAGAGCCCUUGUUUGUUGGUGCUGUAAAAUCUAACAUCGGCCAUCUGGAAGGAGGUAGCGGGAUAGCUGGCCUAAUUAAGACAAUCUUGACACUGGAGAGAGGGCUCAUCCUCCCCAACACUGGGCUCGAGAAGAUUAAUCCCAUGAUUGAUACUCGGCAUCUUCGAAUCUGUUUUCCCACCCAACCCAUGCAAUGGCCAGAUCCCGGUUUGCGUCGUGCUUGUAUCAACUCAUUUGGUUUUGGUGGCUCCAACGCCGUCGUGAUAGUCGACGACGCAUUGCAUUAUCUGGAACAGCACAGACUCGACGGCCACCAUCGGACUUUAGACAUACGUCUGAAGCCACCAACCGCCUUCCCUAAAUUGAAUCAUAAAAAUGCAGAGGGAAAAGCCCGCGGGGUAACUGGGGCUCUCGAGAGCAUAAGACAAGUUCCCGAGAGACACGUGCGAGCAGUAAACGGAGACCUGUCCUCGAUUCAGCUUGCUUCUCAAAGUCAAUACCCACCAAUCCCAAGAGUAUUGAUUUGGUCCGCUGCUGAUGAGGCUGGAAUCAAGAAUAUGCUUGGCACGUACAGUCAGUUUCUCAAACAGCGAGGGCCAAGUGCUCUGGAUUCGUCAUUCGAUGAUAUGGUCUAUACUCUAGCAGCUAAGCGUACGCUACAUACCUGGCGUUCUUACGUCGUUGCGACAUCCGCUCGUGAUCUCGAGUCGUUGGAACGGUCCCACUCCAAACCAAUCAGAGCUUCAAGCGAGCCGGGGACCAUCGCUUUUGUGUUCACUGGGCAAGGUGCUCAAUACGCGAGAAUGGGCAAUGGGCUCCUCGCAUUUGCUUUCUUCAGAGAUCGCUUUGCUCGGCUCGAGCAGAUCCUGUAUGACUUAGGUUGUGGAUGGUCACUCCAGGAAUUGCUAUUCGAUUCCGCCACUACCGUUAACGAUCCGGAAUAUAGCCAGGCGUUCUCAACAGCGCUUCAAAUUGCGAUCGUUGACUUACUCAGGACAUUUGGAGUUGUCCCGGCUGCUGUGGUGGGCCAUUCUUCAGGUGAAAUAGCAGCUGCUUACUGUGCAGGGGCAAUAAGCGACAAGACAGCAAUGAGGCUUGCGUUUCAUCGCGGGCGCUUGGCCGCACGGUUGUCAAGAUUGCACCAGACCUCCCAAGCAAUGCUAGCUGUGGCUUUGAGUGAGGACGAUAUUCAGCCAUUCCUGACCAGGCUAAAGGACCAUGUUACAACAAUCAAGGUCCAGAUUGGUUGUGUCAACAGUCCAAAGAGCAUCACACUAACCGGCGACAGAAAUCAACUCGAGCUCAUUGACUCAUGGCUAAAGGACAGUCAACAUCUGGCUCACAAGCUUCCCGUCGAUGUCGCGUAUCAUUCUACUUUUAUGGACGCCAUAAAGGCCGACUACUCCGAAAGCUUGAGGGAUCUUGGUAGGAAACCCUGCAAGGAUACUUCAGUGCCAAUGAUAUCGAGUGUCACUGGGACCAUUAUUCCUCCAAGUGUGCUGUGUGACUCUGAAUACUGGGUGAAUAACCUGAUCUCUCAGGUCAAAUUCGCCCCUGCUAUAUCACUCCUUUGCGUUCAAUCGGGCAAAGCGGCUCGAAAACAUCUUGGCGCAAAGUCACAGUCGUUGUCGGGCAUCAAGGAGCUCAUGGAGAUAGGGCCACACUCGACCCUCCAACGCCCGCUGCAAGAGAUCCUAGCAGAAACUGGUACGGAGCAUCGUAUAAGCUACUUUUCGGCAUUACACCGACGAAAAGAUGCGGCGAAAAGCAUCCUGGAAGCCAUUGGACGUCUGUGGGCUCGAGGGCACCCUAUUGACAUGCUCAAAGCUAAUGGUCUUGGCGAUAAGCAACGAGCUGUUAUGACUGAUUUACCAGAGUACCAAUUUAACCACUCACAGAAGCAUUGGUUCGAAGAUAGAACAAGCGCUGCAUUUAGGUUUCGAUCGCACGCCAGGCACGAACUGCUGGGAAGCUUGAUUGCGAGUUCAAAUUCCUUUGAAGCGCGUUGGCGCAACUUCAUUAGCUCAGAGAAGCUUCAAUGGUUGCAGGAUCAUCAAAUCAGUGGGGAGUGCCUACUUCCAGGGGCAGCCAUGCUGGCCAUGGCUAUCGAAGGUGUGAAACAGCUUUCGGCCUGUGGCACCAAAGUGGCUGAGUUUGAUUUACGCGACGUAUACUUCCUCAACGCCUUGCAAGUUCCAGACAGUAGCAAUGGUGUUGAAACUCAAGUGUCUCUGUCCACCACCAAGAACAGAGAAGCGGGUCCGGCGCCGUGGUAUAAGUUCAGAGUUUUUUCGUUCAGCUCAGAAUGGGUCGAGCACUGCCACGGCAAGAUCAGAGUUGAAUGUGAACGGCAGACCGGCAAUGAGGAUCCAGAAAAGGUGUCCUCGACUCCUACUUCAGCAUUUCAUCAGGAGUUGUCAUGCGUGAUCGAAGCAUGCAAUGAAGAAGCUAGCACGGAACAACUUUACAAUGUCAUACGGGACAAUGGUGUCAACUAUGGACCAACUUUCCGGACAUUAGAUCGUGUGCGGUUUAGCAAGACCGGAGCUGCUGUCGCCGAUAUUCGAGCAUUCCCAAGUAGCUCUAGGGACAGAUCAAAAACUCUCGACGUCGAGGCAUACACCAUACACCCUUCAGCUCUGGACGGUCUCAUGCAACUGGUCUUCCCUGCGCUCAACAGAGGUGGUACCCAAGAUCUUCCGACCAUGGUACCUUCCUACAUAAGAAAACUUUUGGUAUAUACAAACAACAGUUUGUUUUCUUCGAUGCCCCACCUUCUGGCAACUACAAGAUCGAGCUUCGAGGGGUACCGCGGAACCGAAUCUACGGUCAUUGCUGUAUUACCUGGCAGCAAUGAGUUGUUUUCGGUGAUGGAAGGAUAUCAAACCACGUUCGUGUCCUAUUCAGGCGCUUUGCCGCAUCUAGAUGCUAUAGAGAGGCCCUUAUUGAGUCACAUGGUAUGGCGGCCAGAUAUUUCCUUGUUGACCAAUGAGCAAAUAGCCCAACUUUGUGAACAAGCAAGACCUAAGGACGAUUCGUCCGUGCAUUUCUAUCGACGACUUUCACUACUAAUACGGUAUUACAUUACAGAGACACUGGAGGCCUUGCGCCAAUUCCCGGUUGAAGCGAUUACACCGCAUAUUACACAAUACAUCGAAUGGAUGGGGCAACAACUUAGACAUUUUCACAAUGAAGAGCCCUCCAACCCCCAGACAGAAUGGCUAAAAAUAUAUGAGUCGGUGGAAUACAGAACCGGCCUUGAGGAAGCAAUAGAAACCGCGAAUGGUAUCGGCAAGUUCUAUGUGACUAUAGGGCGGAAUGUUUUGCACCUUAUCCUUGGGGCAACUGAUCCGCAAGAUCUGGUAUCCGGUGGAGAGCUAGUUAACGCUUAUUUCGAUGAUCAAUUUGCAAGCCAGCAUACACUGAAGCCAUUUGAAGUCUUUCUGUCUAAUCUCGCUUACAAGAACCCAUCGAUGAAAGUCUUGGAGAUUGGGGCAAAUGGAGGAAAUGCGACUCUAACAUGCGCAAACAUCCUGUCUGCUCACGGACAUCCUCAAUGGCUGCGCUAUGACUAUACCGAUAUUUCGUCAGACCUCCUAGUUAAAGCCCAAGAGAAGCUCGUUGGCUUCGGCCAUCGUAUUCAUUUCCAAAUACUGGAUAUCACAAGUGGACCUGCAGCGCAAGGAUUUGAGGAAUUCUCUUAUGAUCUAGUGGUCGCGGUGCAUGUGCUUCAUAUGACUUCUGAUCUGACGCAAGCGCUCCGGAACAUAAGGAGGCUUCUCAAAACGGGUGGCAAGCUAGUCUUGUUUGGAAUCACAGUUCAACAUCAUGUGAGGACGAAUUUCGCCUUUGGUCUCCUGCCUGGCUGGUGGUCAGCUACCAAUCCUGAUUCGGCGGGCUCGUUCAGUCCUUAUCGGUUGGAGGACGACUUGUCAAAGUCUCUCACCCAUAAUGGUUUCACCGGCAUAGACUUCUCGAUUCGGGAUUUUGAAGAUCCUGAAUGCCACGAGACGAGCAUCCUUGUUACAACGGCAUCAGGUCAGACUGAUCCGGAGGCCUUAAAAUUUCCCGAGAUGGCUAUCGUCAUUGGCGCAAAUUCUGUAGUAGCCCAAUUGAAUUUUGCCAAGCGCCUUAAAGAACAGCUGGAGACAGUUCCGAACUGUCGGGCGAUGAUUUAUAGCUUUGCCGAGGCUGUAUCGAAUCGGGCUAUAAGUGGAUCGUUUUGUGUCUUCCUUGUCGAAUACAACGAUUCCUUCCUUACAACUCUUGGCCGAGAUGACUUCGACCUCCUCAAAGGGGUAUUGUCGUUGACGAAAGACAUAGUAUGGGUGGUGAGAGAUACCCAUAAGCCGCGCAGACCAGAAUUUCAUUUGGUAGAUGGCCUUUCGCGCGUCCUCCGGUCCGAGAACGCCAAGCUGAGGUUCAGUCGUUUAACCAUCAACGACGACUACCAGACAGGCCUGGAUGGCCCCACAGCUGUGUCUACUGUAAUAAAGCAUGCACUGCAGUCAUCCUUGGAUGACAUGGAGCCCGAAUAUGAGGAGAGAGAUGGCGUGCUCUACAUCAAUCGAGUCAUACAGUCACAGCGUAUGAACAAGCUCAUUGGGGCCAACGUAGCUUCGCACCAAGAACGAACGCUGCAGCUGGAUCACCAUGUUCCUCUCAAAGCGACCUUGAAGCGACCUGGGAUGAUCAGCAGCAUCGUCUACGAGGAAGUCACAGACAAGGACGAGCUACUUGAAUCUGAUGAGGUCGUCAUCGAAGUUCGAGCUGCCGGUAUUACCUCUCGAGAUCAUCAGAUAGCCUCAGGGCAGCUGAACGACAAAAGAAUUUUCUCCGAGUGUGCUGGUGUCAUCAAGAAGGCUGGCCUAGAAAGUGGAUUCGCUCCUGGUGACAAGGUUUUUGUUAGCUGCCCUGGCGCGUGCAGAACGUUGCUGAAAUGCAGGGCGUCGUGCGCGGCAUAUUUUCCACCAUCGAUGUCAUUCUGUGAUGCUGCGGCUCUACCAACCUCGACCUUAAUAUCAUUCCAUGCUCUCGUCAAUGUUGCAACUCUCCUCGAGGGUGAAGUCGUUCUAAUACACCAUGCGGCUGGUGCGGUUGGGCAAGCAGCAAUCCAAAUUGCACGGCACAUCGGCGCCAAGGUUAUUGCUACUACGAGUACGGAGGAGAAAACAGAGAUGUUAAGGGCGGCUUACAAUCUUCCCCUUCACAAUAUUCUGUCAAGUAAGAAUCCUCAUUUGGUACAGUCUAUUUUGCAAGUUACUGCUUAUCGCGGUGUGGACGUCGUUCUGAAUUUUGAGCCCGGCGAUGACUUCGACUCCUCUCUAGAAGCCUUGGCUCCGUUUGGUCGAUUGAUUGAUCUGGGACUCGCCACAGAUGCGGUAUCCGCGAAGGUGACUCGACGGGCAGCGUCUAAAUGCAUCACGUACACUGCUUUAGAUCUUUGCGAAAUGCAACGUCAGCGCCCUUUGUUGCUCCAGAAGCUGUUCAAGCAGACGUCUUCAUUGAUCCAGAGUGGUGUUAUCCAACCAGCGAAGCCGCUGAAAGUUUUCCAAGCCGACGAUCUUGAACACGCGCUGCAAUCUUUCCAGAACGCUCAGAAUAUGGGCAAAGUCGUCAUUGACCUGAGCCCAAAGCAGUCAGUCACUGCCCUCGUUGCGAACAAGCCAUCCUACCACUUUGAUCCCAACGUGACGUAUGUGAUUGCCGGUGGCUUUGGUGGAUUGGGCCGCAGUGUCUCGCGCUGGAUGGUCGACCGCGGAGCUCGAAACUUGAUCAUCCUCUCUCGUUCAGGGGCUCGCAGUGACUCUGCUAAGAAGCUUGUGGGUGAAGUCGCCGCUCUGGGCGCUCGGGUAGAAGCACCGGUGUGCGAUAUUACCCAAGCAGAGUCCCUGAAAAAGGUGCUCGCAGAAUGCACCCAGACUCUGCCACCGAUUCGUGGGUGCAUCCAGUGCACGAUGGUUCUCCGGGAUGCCAUAUUCGAUAACAUGUCCUAUGACGACUUCGCCACCGGCACGCGCCCCAAAGUGGUUGGAUCGUGGAAUCUGCAUUCGAUGCUGCCUAAUGGCAUGGACUUCUUCGUCCUCCUCUCAUCUAUUGGCGGCAUCCUCGGCGCAACAAGUCAAGCCAACUACUCCGCGGGAAAUACCUACAAGGACGCCUUGGCACGUUAUCGAACAGCCAUGGGCGAAAAGUCCGUCUCUAUUGAUCUCGGCAUGAUGGUCUCGGAAGGGGUCGUUGCAGAAACAGAAGGGAUGCUCGACUCGCUCCGGCGCAUGGGCUACUUCAUGGAAAUCACCCACGCCGAGUUCCUGGCCCUCCUAGACUACUACUGCGCCCCGGCCCUGCCGCUUCUCCCACCGUCCGAGUCCCAGAUAAUCGUUGGCAUCGAGCACCCGGCCGCCAUGGAAGCCAAAGGCCUCGAGACCCCGCACUGGAUGCAGCGCCCGCUCUUCCGCCACUUCCGGCUGAUUGGCGGCGGCGGCGGCAACGUGGCCGGGUCAGAUAGCCAGAAGCAGACGACGGACUUUGCCACCGUCCUCAAGCAGUGCGUGUCGGUGGAGGCAGCGGGGGAGCAAGUCACCGACUGGCUUGUCACCAAAUUGUCACAGAUUCUGGGCACGCCCGCUGGGGAGAUGGAUGUCCAAAAGCCGGUGCAUGCGAACGGGGUGAACUCACUGGUGGCGGUGGAGCUGCGAAACUGGUUCGAUAAGAAGAUUGGGGCGGAUGUGGCCGUCUUUGAUAUUUUGGGCAACAUGAGCAUGGUGAAUUUGAGGAUAAAAGUCGGUCUUGGGACCAACUAA